CACACAUACCUCACAAUCACGCCUUCUUCCUUUUUUCACAACUCAAACACUAUCGUCGUCAUCUCCAAUAAUGGAACCAACAAAAGCCCUAAUGGCUUCCUUCCUCCUUCUGUUUUUCUUCUUCAAUAUCCAUCCUUCUGCUCAGAAUCCGCCGCCUUCCACCGUCUCCGGCCACCGCCAUCACCAAGCAUUGCGCAGACUCCAAGCUCUCAAAGCUUCUCACGUCAGAUUCAGCGCCUCCGGUGCUUCAUCACCGUCUCCUUCUCCGUCACCUUCACGGCCACCACCGUCGGGUUCGAGCGGUUCACGGGUAUACCUUGCGACGUCGUACGGGGCGGAUCCGACGGGGAAGUUGGAUAGUACAGAAGCUCUUCUUGCGGCGAUAGCGGAUGCGGCUAAUGGUCACGGUGAAGGGUUCUUGAUGGACGGCAUUUCUAAUCUUGGAGGAGCACAGCUUGAUCUUCAGGGCGGCAAUUACUUGAUCAGCCGGCCACUCCGGCUGCCAGUCGCUGGCGUCGGAAACUUCAUGAUUCACGGUGGGACGAUACGAGCCUCAGAUAGCUUUCCAUCAGGUGGGUACCUCAUUGAUUUAUCAACCAACAUAAAUGACAAGACUGCCCCUCCUUCAUCCUACAAUUACGAGUUCCUCACCUUCAAGGACCUCCUCUUGGAUUCAAACUUCCAUGGCGGAGGCAUCUUCGUCAUCAACUCUCUCAGAAUCGGUAUCGACAACUGCUACGUCACUCAUUUCACCACCAACGGAAUCCUCGUCCAGGGCGGCCACGAAACUUACAUCAGAAACUCCUUCAUCGGACAGCACAUCACAGCCGGCGGCGACAAAGGGGAGAGGAACUUCACCGGCAUCGGAAUCAACCUCCAGGGGAACGACAACUCCGUCACCGACGUCGUCAUCUUCUCCGCCGCCAUAGGAAUCAUGAUCUUUGGCCAGGCCAACAUAAUCUCCGGCGUACAUUGCUAUAACAAAGCCACCGGCUUCGGAGGCACCGGGAUUUAUCUGAAACUCGCCGGGUUGACGCAAACUAGGGUUUUGAACUCCUACAUGGAUUACACCAGUAUUGUUGCAGAAGACCCAGUUCAGCUUCAUAUUUCUGGUACUUUCUUCCUCGGAGAUGCCAACGUUGUGCUCAAAUCAAUCAACGGAGUUGUCAGUGGAGUGAAUAUCGUUGACAACAUGUUUUCUGGGUCUGACCACGGGGUUGAGAUUGUUCAUCUGGAUCAAUCGGGUGGUAAAAAUUUUAAGCAAGUCGAUCAGGUUGUGGUGGACAGCAACGUUGUGGAGGGGAUGAAGUUGAAGAGUACUGUGGCAAAGAAGGCUGUGCAAGGGAAUGGGACUUCAUUAAUGGCGGAUUUCAAUGAUGUUUUGCUUUUUCCGAACCUUAUCAAACAUGUCCAGUAUUCUUUGAGCUUCGACGGCGACACUUUUCCGAGCCAUGUUCUGAGGAACGUGUCUGAUAAUCGUGUCGUGAUUCAAACAAGUGAAGCAGUGCCUGCUAGUUUAUAUGUCGCAGUGGAUCAAGGUAUAUAAUUAUUGAAGUUCGAAGAUGAUGAUGAGGGAACUGUGCAUAUAUAUCCAGAGUCCUUUAUUAAUUGCCUUUUUUUUUUUUGAAUGAAUUAAUUUAAUCAUCUUAAUUGGCUAGUAAAAUUCAGCCAAGACUGAAUCAAUUUGGAAAUGUAAGCAACAGCUCUUGUACUUCUUCAAAUUUCUACACGUACUCAGUCCAUUACUCGUAACAUAAGG